AUGUCCACCUUUAUUUUGUCGAGACUUUUCUCGCUGCGACAUAGUGACAGGGUCACCGCAUCGGUACCGGCAUCUGCUAGCACCGAAGCAGAAACCCCCACCUGGCAGCGCAUCGGCAAAGCCCACCACCACCUACUGGAGGAACUCGAAAACCUCUACUGGAUUGGAGUUGAGCACGAACUGGAAUCUGUACUCCUUGCUCUACGAGCUUGGCAACGGCCCGAAAACAGCAAGGUUGAGCUUGACGACGAGCGGGACAGCUUCGUUCAUGGUUUUGACACAUUCAUCGACCAGGUCAGCGAGGAUGGCAGGCAGUUCGCGGAGCAUAUAGCUUCUUCCAAAAAGGAAAACUACCAGAUUAAGCCUCCAACCUAUAUCGAGGCCCUGGCCCAAAACGCCCAAGAGAAGGCUACAGAAGCAAGGACGGUGAAGCUCAAACAGGAGAUUCGGAGAGAUGUCGAAAUAGUUGCUGAAGGCGAAGCUCAAAAGCCACUUCUUAGGCGUCGUGUUGGGUCGCUAAUGCGUGCACUGGGACUACUGGAUAUCGAGAAGAUGGUCGAACACCGGCCACCGCUCAAUCGCCUAUCGUUUUGGAAAAGACCCGCUGUACCCCAAUUGCAAUUGGACAGAUUCUCCAAGACGGGCAUUCCAGUGUUGGCACCGAGCCGUUGCACGAAUUGUGACAUUAUCAUCCGAGGAAGCAUGUAUUGCCGAACGGAGGCCGGUACAAAAGAUCAGGUUUGCGAAGAAUGCUACCUGAGAGAAUUCAAGGGUAUAUCAAGCUUUGCCAAGACAUAUAAGCACUGUAUACUCAACGACAUCAUCGACGCACGAGUGAGCCGCAAGAUUUGCAUGUGCGAACAAGUUCCGCACUAUGAUUCUCGAGGCAUGAAGUUGAGUCUGUUCCCGGUCGAAAAAGAAGCCAAACACCGGAAGAAUGGCGUAGGAAAAGUAGAAUGUGGUCUCCUUAAGCUCGGUGAGAUGGUUGCCGAGGCUAAAUACGAUGGCAUGCGGACUAUCACAACGAGACCUAUAACUAAAGGAAGUAAAGACAAGAAAGGAAAAUUGGCUCCUGCGGAGACUGUUCGAAUUCAACAAGGCGGUCACCGGCCCAAGACUAUCGAGAAGGAGAGUCAACACGGACCAGACCGAACGGCGGCCACUGGAACUGCGAUUGCACUUGAAGAAGCAGAAGCUGAUGAAGAUAUCCCCUUCUUCUUGAAGGAGUUUGCAGAGCGCUAUCCUUUUGGAAAUGUGCACAUGGCGCUUCGAAUUGGCCCUGUCCUGAUCGAAAAUGGUGGUAAACACGAUGAAGAGAAGGCUGUCAUUAGUCUCCGGAAUCCUCCCGUAUUACAUUGUGCGGACUCUCUCCGUAGAUCGAGGGCUCUAGCCUUAUUCGACAACCCCGAUCGUGAGUUAUGGUGUCAAGACAGGCCAAGGAACUUCAAACGAUACAAAUGUGUCAUGAAGCAAGUCGUAGGCACACCAUUUACGGGAGUACUGGACAAGGAUCUCGAAGAAGGCAUCAUUAGUUCCCUUCUUUCAGCUAGCAAAUUCGCAUUUGACGACCCCGGUCUAGCACAUGACAAAAGGAAAGAGUGGCUGAAGCAACUCUUGUGUCCCAUCAUGCGCAACUUGCGGGAAUUACUGCAGCGUCCUCUUGCGAUAUACCUCGACAGCAUCACAUCACAAUUGCUUAGUCCCUCUACUAAGCUAGCUUGGUCUAUCAGUAACAAUAACUGCCAGAACUUUGCCGAUGCUAUCAUUUCUCUAAACACCUUCGGGUCCCUCAUUGCACCGCCAUCGCCUUCCAACAUCCCGCUCUAUCUUCUCAGUUUUGUCACCCGCCCUGCCGGAUACAAUAAGCCUGUCAUUAAGUCCAAGUUUGACGUUCCGAAUGGGCUUACAGAGGAAUACCUACUGCGCUUCCGCUUCGGUCGACACGAUGACGCUGAUAUCAUUGACACGCUCCAGGAAUACUGGUAUGAUUGGGGCUGUUUCGGAAAACAUCUAUAUCCCUACUCGGAGCUGUUUGGCUGGGAUUGCACCGAGGCAUUCCGGCGUUAUCCCGUCACCUGUGGAGACUGCAACCUUUCCAAGCAUGUGUGGGCUUUCCCCUUUGACUCUUGGAAUAUCUCCAGCCUUCACUUGACCCGUGACCGUUGGAACUAUCCUCCUGGUCAAGGGAGGACAACCAUGAGCGACAAGGACUGGAUGAAAAAUAGGCUGCUUGCUAUCUGCGCCCAAGACAAGCUGUCCCUCGUCGCUAUUGCCAUGGCCCGAAACCCAAACUUUCGCCGGCGCACAGAAUGGUUACACAAACAGAAUAAUCCCGCUCUAGACAGGCUCAAACUUGGAGGUAUUCAUCGUGCACAGCCAUUCAGUCAUUACUAUGAGCAGGGCAAGUAUCAACACUACUUCAUUGCAUCUUGGGCACACUUGAAGCUCGAUGAUCAAAUCGCGGAGUACGAGCUGCUGCGUGAUGGUAGAUUGAAGCUUCCGGAUGUCGAGUUUGCGCCAAGAUUGUACCAAGGGCAGAGUUUGAGCAGUAUUCUGGCUGUAGCGGGAAUGGGAGGAGCCAUGGGUGCAGGCUUCGGUGGCGGUAGCGGCGGGGAUGGUGGGAAUGCUGGAGGAAAUUGUGCAACAGGAUGUGGAUCUGCUUCGGCUUGUGGGAGCUCAGGCGAUGGAGGUGGUGGUGAUGGAGGUUCUGGUGGCGGAGGUGGUUGCGGAGGCGGUUGCGGAGGAGGUGGUUGUGGUGGAGGUGGCUGA